UUCACCUAGAAACUUCAAAUACAGCUCAUUUUAUUUAGGAUCCAAACUUUGUUGAAAAGCUGCUGGAAAAAACCUUUGCCACGAGGAAAUCGUUCAAUACGUAAGAAUAUGUUGUGUAUUGGGAAUGAAUCCAAACCAAUUUAUAGGAUCCUUCAAGAAAUGUUCAACACUUGCCGUUCUGUAAAAGAGCGCCUUACCAUUGCAAAUAGACAAGCAAGGCCACCGUCUCUUGUAUCAACUCCCAUGAAUGAUAAAGGAGUUAUUCUCGCUUUCGACGACAACCAACUCUACGUAGCUUAUUGGAACGCUAUCACCAUCAUCGUUGUUCAUUUCGGACAAAAAGCUAGAUUACUGCCACCCAACGAAUACUUUAAAAAUAACUGGUCAUUAGCAAAGACUCAUCAGAUACAAGUAACCAGGAUUAACUUGCAACCUCAAGAUGAGUAUGUUGUGGUUGCAAGUGAUAGCCUUUUACAAUAUCUGACUUUGGAAGGUAUUAUGAGAAUGAUAAAUAGGUUGUUGCGCAAAAAUGUUCCUAUACAGAGUAUAGCCGAAUCUCUGGUAAACGCUGCUUGUAGUUUAGGUUAUCGAGGAGAACUUGCUCUGCAUUUGAUACUACUAAGAAAGCCAGAAUGGAACUUAGAUGUCUGUGUACACGGUGGAAAUAUUUACAACACGUUGCGUGGUUACCUUCCUCACUGUUCCCAAGACUAUUUCAGUUCUGGUGUUUCCUCUGCUUCUGAAAGUACAAAGACAACAUCACAUCGUGACAAAAUAAGUGUAAAUAGUCUCUAUGAAAGAAAGAUAGUGUCAGAUGACUCCGUUUUAUCAUCAACUCCUUACUAUCCAUCAACUUCAAGAGAAGAACCAAAAAAGGACCUCCAAAGCGAGGAUAGGAAAGAUAGUUCUACUUUUUGUCAUUCCAAAGAAGAUGUUGAGGAUUCUUUGUUACAGCUUAUAAAAGGGAACAGUCAUGUUGUAUCAUAGUCACUCGUUUUUUGAGAAAUAACC